AUGGAGCCUGCUGCCAGGGGCAGGUCCCCUGGGUUGGCGCGCGUCACACAGAAAAAACUAGGCGGAAACACUGUCGUUAACAUUCCCUAUCGCCCUCGGAAAGAUGCAGCAUACUUGCGGAAGACUGCAGCUGUUGGGUUAGAGCCCGCACAGAAACUGAAGACAGCGAGGACAGCAGCAACUCCAACGCCGACGCCAUCGUGCAUCUCGUCCUCCCCAACGCCAUCAUCGACCCGUGACUAUACUUCGAGCCCACACCCCUCAGCCUCGGUAGAUGCAUUAUCGCUUUCCGGAACUACCCCUCCGAGCAGCCCUACCAUGGCUAGUUUUUCCCGUGGCCUGAAAACUGCGACACCCGACUCUCUCAAGCCCUCUCGUCCUCACCUCAUCCUCACUGAUACGCUGGGAAAAUCGACCCCUAAAGACAGUGAUGACGAAGGAAAGCCUCGGGAUCAGUCUUUUCGCAGGCACCACCGAAACAUUGGUUCCAUUGACUCCAUCUUGUCCUCAACGACCUAUGUGAAUACUCAUUCUGAGUGCAGCCGAUCCGAAUCUCGAUUCUCUCAGGAUAUUGCCACUGAGACGGAGGAUUCAGACAACGAAACUCCCCCAGCGUCUCAGUAUCAUCCCUCAGAUCAUGUUGGCAAUGUGACACAUACGCCCCGUGCUAGUCAUAGCUCUGGUUCGAGCAUGAGCUGGAAUUCUGAAGGGCAAGGGCAAAGUGUCACGGAGGAGGAGGAACGACUAAUCGAUGAGAUCUCAUCCUGGGUCUUGAGGAACACAUUUGGGAAAGAUAUAGAUGACUGUGCAUCUCCCUACCUUGUUUGGGACUGCACUUAUCGUUACAUUCAAGAACUCGAGGCUGCUGCCAAUGAAGGGCACUUGGGGUUUGUUCAAGCAACAUCUGGCCAGGAAUCUCCAUCUUCCUAUGGAGGCGGCGGUACUCCGGGUUCCAGCAAUAACGAUAAUCAUUAUGGUGAAUUCUGUGGAAAGGGUAAGAGAAAGGCGGAUGGAGGUAGUGAUGAUGGCAAUGGACCGGCAGACCGGGACAAUCAGAGAGAUGAAGAUCGAGACAAAUCCUCGACUCCCCCUCCGUGGAGCAGCAAAAUGAACAUCACCAACUACAGCUGUCCGUAUCGGAAACGCAAUCCUCUUCGUUUCAACGUUCGCGAUUACUAUGUCUGUGCAACUCACUCGUUUGCCGAUAUGUCACAGCUCAAAAAGCAUAUCCGUGCUCAUCAUCCGCCCGUCCAAAGAAAUGCUGGCCCAUUCGGUUGCCCUCGAUGUCUCCAGGGCUUUGCUUCCAAGGCCGACUUCGACGCUCAUCUUCGCAGGCCAGACCCGUGCGUUCUGUCUUCUGACAGGAAUCUUUCGGACCCAGAGGAUGGUAUCACCCAAAAGAUCAUCUCGUCCCUUGAGGCGAGGAGCAUGAAAAAUAAGAUCGACAAUUGGCGUUCCUUAUGGAAGCUUCUUUUCCCUUGUGACGCAGACGACAGCAUCCCAGAUCCAUAUUUCGUUCCCGUCAUGGAAAUCUUUGACCUGAUCGAUGAGUCAAAGAAGUUCCUUCACCAGCUGAGGGACCUCUUGGAGCUCCAGUACAGACAUGUCCUCAGUGGCGCCAAUCAAGCCUUGGGCAUUGACCUCAAGAUUCGCCAAGGUCUCGAAAAGAGUGUGAACACCAUCUAUAGAUGGAUCGAGACUGUAGUAGAUACUUGGGAAAAGAACAAAGUAGGGACGGCAUCUCCUUUUACCAAAACCCUCAUUGAACGUGCUACCUCCUCAGAGAGCAGCAUCGGUUCUACCCCGAAGCUCCUCCCACCUUCGCCGGCGCCAACACCAACAGUCGCUGCCCAGGCCGGAAGUUCUAAUCCUGCAGCAAAUACAACAACAGCUAGUGGUGAGAGUCCCAGUACAAGUGGAUCCGCUGGUUUUGAGGGAGCUUCGCUGCCUGCUCGAAGGAGGCCAAACCCUCCUCCUAAACGGAUCAAGAGAGCGGAGCUCCUCCCCAAGUUACCACCAACACAAAUACCAAUCCCUAUACAGAGGGCUCGUACUCCACAAGCUCAAAGGACCACAGCCACUCCCAUUCGGCCAGCUCGCCCUGUGCUCCCGAGCCAAGCAAUGCCGGCGCAGACGACGACCGCGGCGAGCCUUAACCCCGUGCCUGCAUUCCAGCAAACCUGGGAACCGCCCGCCGUGACGAUGGCCAACACGUAUCCUAUUGCUACAGUCUCUUAUAGCGCCCCGAGCGAGACCCUACAACACCCUUCUUUGGCGCCAACGCACUACUCCCCCAUGGACGUGCAGCAACAUCAACAUCAACUCGAAGUUCAGCCGUUCAUGAGUUCGGAACAGCAAGGAGACGUCAUGCAUGCUGACAGCAUGCAGAGAGAUCUCGAUGGGUUCCGGUCCUCGACAUCGACUCUCCAUGCGAGCCAGCUAAUAUCGACGACUCCACGUUCUUCCCUCACCAGUCUUCAAUGGAUGAGAGAUAACCGAGAUUCGAGCCAGACAUUGGUCGAAGCCCACCCACCUGGACGGUGUCGUAACUUGUUUUGCCCCAGCUGCAACAAGACGCUCCCCGACGAUUUGACGAUGCAGUCUCCGACCGGCUUGCAUCCUGUUACUACUGGUGCUCCUAACCAUCAUUCUUUCCACACAUCGGGCGGUUUAGGCCCGCCGUUCACUACUGCCCCCGGGACGGGGGAUAUCCCCAGCUUCGCUGAGCCAGUGACGGCCUGGGGAUUUGACGCUACCGCUGGAACACUGCAUGGCGGCGGCGGUAAUGGUAAUCUAUUUGGUGGUGGCCAUCACGGGCCGCAAGAGGGCUAUUAA